GAAUCAUCUGUCCUGCCCGGACUGCUGGAAGCGGCCGCAACGCCAUGUUGGCGAAGUCUCUCAUCUCUGUGAGAAAAAAAUGAUAGGAAACAUACGUGUCGAGAAGAAAAGGUAGAUCGCCGAGGGAGGUUGAAGAUCGUGGCGAUUAUUUAUUUUUGAAAGAAACGGAACCGAGCCGGAUCCGCAGAGGUUCCGGACGGGCAAGGGAGGCUAAACCUCCCACCGUCCCCAUGAAUAGCACCGCUGAUCCGAACAGCGACUUUCCAUGAAAAAAAGACGUUUGUGUUGCUAUUCGAGCUUUGCUAUCCCAGUUCGUUAAAGGGAUUUUGGGCCUGCUUCAAGAAUCUGCUACGCUUGCUCUAUGUAUGCAAGCUAGGCGUUGUUUGUAUCAGUAUUUAUUAAGGUAUUGUUUUUAUUUGUUGAUUUUUUUGCGAUGAGUUUGCCACCGAAAGUGGUCCCCAAAUCCGCCGCUGUCGCAGUUAGCGGACCUGGAAGUGGACCCUCUCCGUCGAGCCAACUGCGGGCUACCCUGACCUCCGUGUCUCUGCCGCCGGGAGCCCCAACAGCUCCUCAGCCCGGCGCUGUACCACCACCUCAAAUCCAACGGGUUCAGCCAUCACUGGACGAGCGAAUCUUCCCCACACAGCCUGGAGUCGCUGCAGUCUACAGCAGUGCCACAGACAUUGCUGUUUUUUUGAGGCAGAGCGCCCAACUGAAGUUCAGUGCAGGAGAAACGCACCAGUUUCCUCCUAAGAACAUUGUAACCUUUAUGAAGGUACCCAGGCAUGCUGGCCCUCCUUACACUGCUCAUGACAUCACAAAGGGACACCCUAACUUGGCGGGCACCCCGCCCGGUCAUGCACACUCCCCAGCGCUCUCUCAGGUAUCACUACCCACAGCUUCCCCAUAUCGCUAUCCUAAGGGCUGGGAGGCAGGCGGAGGGUCUCCAUACAACCCUGGACAAAAUGCUGGUUCCGCCCCUCUAGUGUAUUCUCCCCAGACACAGCCAAUGAAUGCACAGCAACAAAGUCGCCCGUUUGCUACGGGCCCUCGACCAACCCACCAUCAGGGAGGAUUCAGGCCUAUCCAGUUUUUCCAGAGGACUCAGAUGCAGACUGCGAGGCCCACCAUCCCUACAAACACACCCUCCAUACGGCCUGGCUCACAGACUCCCACGGCGGCUGUCUACCCCACUAACCAACCAAUCAUGAUGACCAUGGCACCCAUGCCUUUCCCUUCCCCACAGACUGCACAGUACUACAUCCCACAGUAUCGCCACAGUACACCCUACGUGGGACCUCCUCAGCAGUAUUCUGUACAGCCUCCAGGGUCUGGCACCUUCUAUCCUGGGCCAGGGCCAGGGGAGUACCCUGCCCCAUAUCAUCCCCUCAGGUACCACCCGCCUGUCUCACCCUCUGUUCCUGCUCCCGUCCCCACGGCUGGUCCACCCUACUACCCAGGACAGGCUGUGUAUCCCCCCUCACCCCCCAUCAUAGUGCCUACACCACAGCAACCUCCACCAGCCAAGCGUGAGAAGAAAACAUCCUCCCAGAUCCGUAUCCGUGACCCCAAUCAGGGUGGCCGGGAUAUCACAGAAGAGAUCAUGGCAGGGGGUUCAGGGAGCAGAAAUUCAACGCCUCCUAUCGGCCGCCCUUCCUCUACCCCUACACCCCCACAGUUUUUAUGGCCGCACCCUCAUUAUCCUCACAUUUUCUACCUCAAAUCGCAGCAGCAGCUGAGCAGCAGCCAGACUCCAGAGCAGCAGCAGCAGCAGCAGCAGCAGUCGCAGCCUCCUCAGCCACAGCAGGCCCAUCCUGGAGUCUACACGUUGGAGCCACGGCAGCCCCAACAGCCACAGCAGCUGGCGACCACUGGGGUUUCAGACACCAAACCAGGGCCAGAUGAUACGCCAAAACUGGAGCCAGUUGUCCAGAAGUCUUCCUCGCCUGGGCUUGUGCAGCCUGAAGCGCCUGUAGAGAGACUUGAGGCCAAAGCUCCUGUAUCUGAGCCCUCUUCUACUGUUGAACCAGAGCUUCCCUUCCCUGCCUUGAUGACCACCCCCGUCACUCUCCCUCUUUCAGUGGCCAACAACAGAGAACGUCCCUCAGCCAGGGAGUCAACUGCCUCAGCCUCUUCUCCCUCCUUCUCAGUCGGGGAGCACCAUCCCUCUUUGGCGCCACCUCAGACUCCCAGCACAGACAAGCCUCUCUCAGACGCCCCUCGAACCCUGGCUGCCUCUCCAGCACCGGCUCCCAAGGCUUUGAACGGCCAUGCAGACUCUGGGACUGAGCUGGACACCACGGCACAGGAGCCUUCUCUUCUGUCUUCAGCUGCACUCCAGCCCCAGGCCUCUGAUCCCGCUUACAGAGAGGCCUCUUCCUCUGAAAGUUUUCCCUGUGACGUGAGGCCAGAGUUGCCCGUUGCGCUCGCCCCUAUGACACCUGUGGCUGUGGUGCCAGUGACCCUGUCCUCAAGCCCCGCUUCAGCUUUGCCAGUUAUGCUCCCCCUUGGGCUUCCGCCUCUAGUGCAGGCCACGACAGAGGCCGACGAGGCGAGCAAGUCCUUAGACACUAAAGACCUCAUCCCCAUAGUAGGGACAGAGAUACAUGGAGGCAUUACUGACAGCAAAACGGAGUCCCAACAACAAGCACUCACCAGGAAGAGUCCUACUACAGUUAAUCAGACUGCUUCUGCUAUACCAAAGACCUGGAGGAAACCAAAUGAAGGGAUCUAUACUGGCGAUGCACCUCAAAAGGAUGAUGAGGACGAGCCCAGGCCAGUAGAUGAGCCUGCUGGAGACCAGGCCCUGCAGCCAGCUCUUCUGAGCAGCAGCCCGUUGCCCCUACCAUCAGUCCUCCCCCCCACCCCUGCCCCAGCUCCUGCCAGCAGCCCCGAGGCUGCCGGAAAGCCUGCCGCUCCAGAGGAGAACGGUGAGGCCGAGAUGGAGCCUAUGAGGAAUGGGGCAGGUCACACUUCGGAGACGGAGAGCAGCGACAGUGGAGCCACCCCGGGAGACAAGGAGAACUCCACAGGGGCCCCACUGGAAAUGGAAGACCUGGCCGAGCCCAGUGGGAAGCGUCAGUAUGACAGGGACUUCCUGUUGGGCUUCCAGUUCAUGCCAGCUUGCGUACAGAAGCCUGAUGGGCUCCCGCCCAUCAGUGAUGUGGUGCUGGACAAGAUUAACCAAAACAAGUUGCCAUCUCGAGUGGUGGAUUCCCGGGUGAUUUCCAGAGGACCUGAUUUCACACCUGCCUUUGCAGAUUUUGGCAGGCAGAUGACUGGAGGACGAGGCGCUGCACUUAUGAACAUUGGGGCUCGGCGGCCUCAACCCAGGAAGAUCAUCAUGAACGUGUCGGUUAAUGAUGAAAUUCAGCUGAAAAAGUCUGAGAAUGCCUGGAAACCUGGCAUAAAGAGGGCCGAGGUUCCUGCUGAGGAUCCUGAAGCGCAAAACACACAGGAGCUCUUCAAGAAAGUACGCAGCAUCCUGAACAAGCUGACGCCUCAGAAGUUCAACCAGCUGAUGAAGCAGGUGACGGACCUGACCAUCGACACAGAAGAGCGGCUCAAAGGGGUCAUCGACCUGGUCUUUGAGAAGGCCAUUGACGAGCCCAGUUUCUCCGUGGCCUAUGGAAACAUGUGCCGCUGCCUCGCCAUGCUCAAGGUGCCCAUGACAGACAAACCCAACACCACAGUGAACUUUCGCAAGCUGCUGCUAAACCGCUGCCAGAAGGAGUUCGAGAAAGACAAGGUGGACGACGUGGUGUUCGAGAGGAAGCAGAAAGAGCUGGACUCUGCUGCAUCGACGACAGAGCGCGAGCGGCUUCAGGAAGAGCUGGAGGAAGCCAAGGACAAGGCCCGGCGACGUUCCAUCGGCAACAUCCGGUUCAUUGGCGAGCUUUUCAAGCUCAAGAUGUUGACGGAGGCCAUAAUGCACGACUGUGUUGUCAAGCUGCUGAAGAACCACGACGAGGAGUCUUUGGAGUGCCUGUGCAGGCUGCUCACCACCAUCGGCAAGGACCUCGACUUUGAGAAGGCCAAGCCUCGGAUGGAUCAGUAUUUCAAUCAGAUGGAAAAAAUCGUCAAGGAGAGGAAGACGUCAUCCCGGAUACGAUUUAUGUUACAAGACAUUAUAGACCUGAGAUUGCACAACUGGGUGUCCAGGAGAGCUGACCAGGGCCCGAAAACCAUCGAGCAGAUCCACAAGGAGGCAAAGAUUGAAGAGCAGGAGGAGCAGAGAAAAGUGCAGCAGCAACUGCUCUCCAAGGACAGCAAGAGACGGCCAGAUCCCAGAGAUCAGAGAGAUCAGCGAGAUCAGAGAGAUCAGCGAGAUCAGCAGCGCAUGCAGAGAGAAGAGACCUGGAACACUGUGCCCAUGACGAAGAACAGCAGGACCAUCGACCCCACCAAGAUCCCAAAGAUCUCCAAGCCUCAAAUGGAUGAGAAGAUCCAGCUGGGUCCCCGGGCUCAAGUCACGUGGGUGAAGGGCAGCAGUGGAGGAGCCAAGGCCAGUGACUCAGAACUAUCUCGGACAGCCGGCCUCAAUCGUUACUCUGCGCUGCAGUCUACGCCUUCGCCUCAACCCUCCACCCCUCCUCCACAGAACUCAGACUUUGACUCCAGGAGAACGCUGGGAAGCAGUCGAAGCAGUGCAGGGAGAGAACGCAGCGAGAAGCAGCUGAUCUCUGCCCCGCCAUCAUCACGGCCCGGACCGUUCACCAGGGGAGGCAGUUCGAAGGAGCUGCUGGAGAGUCAAACCCCCGAAGAGCCGCCGCGGAGAGACCGGGAGCGAGAGGGAGCUGAGCCGCGGAGAACCAGUGUCACAGAGGACAAAACCGAGCCAGAGCGCAGCAGAGUCAGAGAGCCUGUGAAACCUGAGCCAGGGGUCCAGACCCCCAACAGACCUGCUCUGACUGAGGAGGAGGUGGAGAGGAAGUCCAAGUCCAUCAUCGACGAGUUCCUGCACAUAAAUGACUACAAGGAGGCUGUUCAGUGUGUGGACGAGCUGGACUUGGGCUCUCAGCUGCACGUCUUUGUGCGUGUCGGGGUGGAGUCGACCCUGGAGCGCAGUCAGAUAACACGGGACCACAUGGGCCAGCUCUUCUUCCAGCUGCUGCAGCAGAAUAUCCUGUCCAGACCCCACUUCCUAAAAGGGUUUGCAGACACGCUGGAACAAGCGGAUGACAUGGCCAUCGACAUUCCCCACAUCUGGCUGUACCUGGCCGAGCUGCUCAGCCCAGUACUGAAGGAAGGCGGCUUUUCUAUGAGAGAGCUCUUUAGUGAAUUAAGCAAACCUUUGCUUCCUGUGGGAAGAGCUGGGAUCUUAAUUUCUGAAGUACUGCACAUACUAUGCAAACAAAUGAGCCAUAGGACUGUGGGUUCUUUGUGGAGGGAAUCUGGCCUCAACUGGACUGACUUCCUGCCAGAGGGAGAGGAUGUCCAGGCUUUCAUCUCACAACAGAAACUCCAGUUUGUUCUGUCGGGCGACUCCAGUCCUGAGGCGGCUCUGUCCAAAAAGAUGUUGUCUCCUGAGAAGCUGAGCCAGCAGCUGGAGAGACUUCUCCUGGAGGACAUGGCCAGCGACGAGCAGAUCUUUGACUGGGUUGAGGCAAACCUGGAUGAAUCUCAGAUGAGCUCGUCUCCCUUCCUGAGGGCUUUGAUGACCGCUGUGUGUAAGGCAGCAGUGAAAGAUGAUAACACCAACUGUCGAGUGGACACGGCCAUCAUCCAGAGGAGAUUGCCUGUAUUACUCAAGUACCUUAACUCAGACACUGAGCGACAGCUGCAAGCACUUUAUGCACUUCAGGCGCUGAUCGUCGCCCUCGAUCAGCCUCCGAAUCUUCUCCGGAUGUUCUUUGACUGUCUGUAUGAUGAGGACGUCAUCUCGGAGGAUGCUUUCUACAGGUGGGAGACGAGCAAAGACGCUGCCGAGCAGCAGGGUAAGGGUGUAGCCCUUAAGUCUGUUACGGCCUUCUUCACCUGGCUGCGGGAGGCGGAGGAGGAGUCGGAAGAUAAUUGACGAGGGAGACACCCGGGGGACACGGCGUAGUAGAACUGCAUCCUUACAGCAGAACACACAUUCAAAAUGGGUGUAUGGGCAGGACGACAUGUUUUACGGCUGGAAUUCUUUUCUGCGGUACGGUUCUGAAACAUGCCGCCAUUUUGAGUUUGGAUUCCAACGGCGGAAGCACUAAAUACCUGUAUUAUACAUAGAAAAUAUUUUUGUUUUAAAUUUUAACUUACUUUUGUUUUGUUACUUUUUAAGAAGAGACUUAAAAGAUGCAUAGGUUCUGGACUCUUUAAUUUAUUAUUUUUUUAAGGACUGCAAAUAUGAAACUUAUUUAACAUUUGCAGAUGCUCACAAAUGAGAACAACAACAGAAAUAACAAUAUAAUUAAUUAUAAUAACAAAAUAAUAAUUGUAAAAAAAAAAAAUAGCCUCCCUGGAUUCCACACUGUUUGGUUUAAAACAGGGUAAAACAAAAUUAUUUUGGGAUGAAGGGGAAGCAGAGAUAAAAAGAAGUGGAUGCACAGAAACUAUUAACGUUGUCCGUGUUGAGGUCAAAGGUUAUCUCCUAAUAACCAGGAAGUGUUUCUCUCAGCCUUGGCUUGCUCUACGUUGAUAUGUACAGAUGCCUCAUGAGAGGUAGAGGUAUGCAUUCAAGAAGGGAUGCAAGUCAGUCCACAGGACAAACCGGAUCCAUUCAAAUGAAACGAGCAAAAAUGCAACAUCAAAAAGCAAAUGGCCAGGUUUACUGAACAUGAAAUGCUUGUAAUUCUUCAGACCUACAGAGCAGAAUAAAGCUUGUAAAUACAUUAAAGACAAAAAGGUAUUUAAAAAAAAAUAAAUGCUGAUUGUCAUGA